GGAUGACCCCCAAAACUGGACCCUAGGCACCAAGGGAUGAGGGAGAGUUGAUCUGACGUAGCCCCAGCCCUCGGGAGCUCAUGCAUGGCCUGUUGAUGGGGACAGACAGGGAACCGCUGAGAACACCCCAAGAUAUUCAACAGGGGCCCUGAGAGAGACAGACCCUGCCUGAAUCCUGGGGCAGCAGGGAAGGCUUCCUGGAGGAGUGGAACCUGAGGAUAAUGAGACCCAGAAGUUGAGGUGUGAGGAAAGGGAGGUGAGGGCAGGCAGCAGGAAUGGUGGAGGAGGCUGGAGAGGGGCAGUGCAGCUCAGUGGUCAGAGUAUGAGCUGAACCUGGGGUGAGGGGGCAGAUGUGGGGCCCAGACCCACCCCUGUGUGACUGUGCCCCUGGCCUAGCUCGGUGCCCACCCAGGGCAAGUCUGACGCCACAGUAGCAGGGAGGGGCCAGGCACCAUCAGGGCUUCUAGCAACUUGCAGCUGCCAGCCAAGGUCCCAUGGGAUAUGGAAACAGACGUGAACUGUCGGGGCCAAAGCCUGAAGCGGGAGCGUUGCACACACAGGGCCCAUCCACCUCAGCAGCCCUGGGGGAGGGGGGGGUCCACACACACAUCAGAAGUAGGUCAGCAGAGCAGCCCAGGGUAUCUCCCUGGGGGGCAGGACAAAGAGGACAAGUACUCAUCUGCGCCCCUCAGGGGGAGCCCCACUCCACAGAAGAACCAGGCGCGCACAGCCUCAGCACUCCCUGCUGAGCCAGAGCCAGUGCCUCGGCUCUCACUUAGGAUCCUCUCCCCCAGGCCUGAAACCAGGGAAGAGUAGUGGGGAGAUGUCUCCCACUUCAGCCCAGUUGGUGGCUGCAGCUGGAGGGGCAGAGCUGGGGCUGCAGAGACGUGGUGACGGCGCUGUGGCAGGGUCCCACACACAGGGAGGGGAUGCAGGACCGGGUCUGGGAAAUGGGUUAGAGACACUGAGGCCACUCGUGUGGCAUUUCAGACACCUGGCGUAUGUGCAGGCUAAAGGAACUAGGAGAGGAAGGUUGUCAGAACAGGCUGGUUCACGAGCGAACAGAACCCCUCCAUUCGUUCGUGAACCAGCGGAGGGGACAGGACUGAAUGGGGAGCAGGAGCCUGAGGAAGCAGGAGGGGCGGGAGGUGGGCUCCUUGCUCCCCCAGCCAGCUGGAGGAUCGCAGAUGGAGCUGCCUGUGGGGCUUGGUGGGAGGCCAGGAAGUUUCCUCCUGAUGUUUCUCCUCUCCCGGUAAAGUGGGAGGCUGGGUCGUGCAGAGAGGGAGGAAAGCAGAGGAGGCGAGGAAAGUUGCCGUCUAGAAGGGGAGCAGCUGGGAGGCCAGGCCCCUGCUCCCAGCCUCUGGCCACGCUCAGCCAGAGAAUGGCCACAAUGAUGAGAACAUACCCACACCUGAACCUGAUAGCGACGGAGCACGCACUGUGGGCCAGGCACCAAGCAUUUCACGUCUGUUAACUCGCUGAGUCCUCACAACAGCCCAGAGGGAGAAGGGAUUCAUUCUUCCAUCCUUUUUAAUAGACAGGAAACUGAGACACAGAGAAAUGAAGGAACUUGCCCGUGGCCAAACAGCUAGCAAGUCACAGAGCUGGAAUUCAAACCCUACCAUCUGGCUCCAAGUCUGCUUUCUCGGAGCCAUGGGUGGUCUUGCAGGGCUGGCUGCUGAGUGCUGGGUGAUGCUUCUGGGACUGGAGGUAGGGGGAGUUAGGGGAGGGCAGAGGAGGCCAGCAGGAGGCAGGCAGGCUGCGGGGUCAGCAUGUAGGGGAUCCUAGGGGAUUUGGUGCCAGCCUCCUGCUUCUGCACAAACAAGUCCACGACACACGCACACCUGUUCCUGGAGGCUGAGCCACUCAGUCUAACCUUCCCCCCACCAGACAGACAAGAAAAACAGGCCCCAGGAAGGUGUCACCGCCACCCAGGCCUAGACUCCCCGCUGCUGCUCUCUGCCCCCAACACCCUCUGGAGACAAACUCAGUACUUCUGAGGGGUGGGUGCAUCCAGGAAGCCCACCCAGCUCGUGUGGACGCUGAAGGGUCAGUCCAGCCGCGAAUGGGGAGGCCGGGGCAGGGGAGAGCUGGGUCUCUGUGGGAUGGGUGCUGUCCUUGUGUCUGGGUCCUGUGUGUACCUGAGUGGGCCUGCGGGGUUGUCUGUGGCUAUGUGACCAUAUCUGUACCAGCCUGCCCGUUUUCUGAGACUUACCUGGCUGAGGCAUUUGAUGCUGUGACCUCUGCCCUCUGACCUCGUCUUCCCUACCCCCUGCCUUAUUUUCUCUACAGCCCAUAUCACCUCCUCUCGUACUAUAGAAUUCAUGUGUUUAUUAUCCAUCUCCUCCAGAACUAAGCAUCCCCUGAGGCAGGAUUCUCCCCCAUUUGCUAGGUGCUGUGUCCCCAGGGCUCUGUGAUGGCACCUGGGCAACUAACUAAAGGUGUAGUUAACCCUUGUAAAUGGGUGCUUUCGUGUGAACUCAGCCUAUGGCACGUCUUUGUGUCACUGUUGUCCCUGACACUGUGUCUAGGUGAUGGCAUGAGACAGAUAGGCUGGCGGUACCCAAGUGCUGCCCAGGUGGCAGUGACUGCCUCUGCCGGGUGCUGACUCAGCCGCGUCCUGAAGCUUUGGGGAAAGGGAGAAGAUGAGCGCGGGCUGCCCAGAGCCCGAGCCACCCCACUCCUUGCCCUGCUGUGGGCCAGGGACUGCCCCUGGGCUGGGCGCAGGCGUGCCCCUCCUCACUGAAGACAUGCAGGCACUGACCCUCCGAACACUGGCCGCUAGCGACGUCACCAAGCACUACGAACUUGUCCGGGAGCUGGGCAAAGGCACCUACGGGAAGGUCGACCUGGUGGCCUACAAGGGCACAGGCACGAAAAUGGCGCUGAAGUUCGUGAACAAGAGCAAGACGAAGCUGAAGAACUUCCUGCGGGAGGUGAGCAUCACCAACAGCCUGUCCUCCAGCCCCUUCAUCAUUAAGGUCUUUGAUGUGGUGUUUGAGACCGAGGACUGCUAUGUCUUCGCCCAGGAGUAUGCGCCGGCUGGGGACCUGUUUGACAUCAUUCCUCCUCAGGUGGGGCUCCCCGAGGACACGGUGAAGCGGUGCGUGCAGCAGCUGGGCCUGGCGCUGGACUUCAUGCAUGGGCGGCAGCUGGUGCACCGCGACAUCAAGCCGGAGAACGUACUGCUGUUCGACCGCGAGUGCCGCCGCGUGAAGCUGGCCGACUUCGGCAUGACGCGCCGUGUGGGCUGCCGCGUGAAGCGGGUCAGCGGCACCAUCCCGUACACGGCGCCCGAAGUGUGCCAGGCGGGCCGCGCCGACGGCCUGGCGGUGGACACGGGUGUAGACGUGUGGGCCUUCGGCGUGCUCAUCUUCUGCGUGCUCACUGGCAACUUCCCGUGGGAGGCGGCCUCGGGCACCGACGCUUUCUUCGAGGAGUUCGUGCGCUGGCAGCGCGGCCGCCUGCCGGGGCUGCCAUCACAGUGGCGCCGCUUCACAGAGCCCGCGCUGCGCAUGUUCCAGCGGCUACUGGCGCUCGAGCCAGAGCGGCGCGGCCCGGCCAAGGAGGUCUUCCGCUUCCUCAAGCACGAGCUCACGUCCGAGCUGCGGCGCCGGCCCUCGCACCGGGCUCGCAAGCCCGCGGGGGACCGCCCACCACCCGCGGGUCCCCUGCGCCUCGAGGCUCCAGGGCCUCUCAAGCGCACGGUGCUGACAGAGAGCGGCAGCGGCUCCCGGCCCUCGCCCCCCGCUGUCGGCCCCGGCCCUGUCCCGGUCCCCGUGCCUGUGCCUGUGCCCGUGCCCAUGCCCGAUGCCGGCCUGGCUCCCCCGGGACCCCCUGGCAGGACCGAUGGCCGCCCAGACAAGAGCAAAGGGCAGGUGGUGCUGGCCACGGCCAUUGAGAUCUGUGUCUGAGAGCCCGCCAUGCCGCCCUCGGGCCGGCGUGUGCACGCAGCCAGGGCAGGCGCUGGAGGCGCCCUGGGCCUGCGCCAAGCCCGGGGUGUCGGCCGCACCGACACCGAUCAGCCCCUCAGCGGCAGGAGGGAGUAGUGGUAGACUAGGCAGGACGGCAGGCCUGGGCGCCCGUCCAACCGCGGGGCUGGCAAGACAGCCACCAAAAGGCCUCUGGCCGGCCUGUGUAGCAGGGGCUAGGCCCACAGGAGCCAGCCGCGCAGACCCAAGGAUUCAGAGGAUCCCUCACAAACACACCAGGAGUCCGGGAGCUUGUGGGCCAACUCACUGACACCUCCCUGAACCCUGGAACCCUGACUAGCUGCUCCUGGCCCUUUGCACCCCCUGGCACACCAUCCUGCAGCCCCAUCCAGGUCCUGCCCUUCUGCCCCCUCCACACACACACCCUGGGCACAAAGGGGCUGAAGUGUCGGGGCAGAGAAGAGGCGCAGGGCCCCUGGGCACGGGUUGCAAGGAGGACAGUGAGCUGAGGGCUUGCGUCCUGCCCUUCUUGGGAAGCUGCAGGGGAGAGGCCAAGCACAUGUCUGGAUAUGGCGAAAGCUUGUGUGCAGGCACAGGCCCCGGGAAUUGAGCGACUCCCCCCAAGCCAUUCCCGAUGAGGACACUGAGCUAAGGAGGAGGGCAGCAGGCCUUGGGCCACACAGCCACUGAGAGGUAGAGCUCUGGUAGCCCUUCCGCUCCUCCCCAGGGGACAGAGGGCUCCCAGCACCCCUAGGGCAGGGAAGUGAGUGCAGAGUCUGCGGUGGGACCCAGCUCCCUGCCAGUUCCACCUUCCCCAGGCCCAGGGAACCUCUCAGCUCCUCUCCAUCCUCGAUGCCCAGUCCAGACAGUGGCCUGAGCUUUGGCAGCAGCGAGACAAUUGGUGCCAGAAAUUUCUCCUGGGUUUCUGCUGGGGCCAAACACGUCAGCCUUGGGCUGACCCCGUCCUCACACCUCCCAUGGCUCUGGCCCUGGCGUGUGCCACUGUGGCUAUGAGAGCGGGGUACCAAGGAAAUGUGAGGGCCGUGAGUGUGUGCUAGGCCCGUGUGUGGUGUCAGCACCCAGAGUGCUCAUGCACACAGCCUUGUGUGUUGACUGAUGCCUCAGUAACUCCACCCAGCUGCCCGAGGGCAUCCAGGCCUGCUUUUCACCACACCCCUCAGGGAAUCGGCCAGGAGGCACCUGUAGGCUGGUUCAGGCCCUCAGGCCCCAAAACAGAGGAGAGGAACCCAGCCUCACCCGGCACUCCCUCCUGAGCCCCGCCCUCUCUCUGGAGGCCUGGGACCCCCGCAAUAACCUCAGCAUGGGCGAGGCUGCUCCCUCUGCCUGGCAGUGCCCCAUCCACCAUCUCUGGCCCCAACGCCAGGGGCCCUCCUGGGGUUCUAGGCCAUUUGAGGGGGCUCCUUCAUGUGCCAGGCUGACCAGAGGGGACUCCAACUGCCCUCUGGCCAGGAGCCCCCACCUCUCCAUUCAUCCCUCAUUCCCACUGCACAAAAGGGCUAUAGGUCCCCCUGUCCUGCCUGGGUCCAGUUUACAAACAGGUUGCCCCAGGGCCUGGCCCCCCUCCCUUGGUGUGCCCACUCUCAAGACCCACCUCUCCAGCAGGCAUUGGGGCCCUCCACACGCCAGGUAAGUAGCAAACCCCUCCUCCGACUAAGGGCCACGGCCCCCCAUCACUGUCCCCGGCCCACCGGGAGCCCAUCCAGGCACCUCUCCCAGUCCGACUUCUCCUUUUGCCUUAGGCCUCUCGACAUCCUGUCUCCUGCAAUAACAAGGAAGCGAGAUUCCAAGUAGACGUCCCUCAUGUGCGCCCUCUCUCUCUCUUUCUCUGUUGAGACCCUCGUCUUAGUAGCUAGGAUGUUAGAGUUGGGAAGGGACUGUAGUUACAUAGCCCAGCCCUGUUGUCAGAGGCACAGAUGGGGCAGUGACGGCCUGAUGCAGAAGCAGGCCUGGAGCCAGGUCAGCUCCUUUGCUGCCAGGGCCCCCCUGCUGCCUGUGCUGCUGGCUGGGUUGGUACCCUUUGCCCCUUAGGAGAGGUGUUGGUCACAGAUGUUUACCUCAGUUUAUGUCAUUGUCGAAGAAAAGAAAAAUAAAUAGCAAAAAGUUAACACCAUAGACAUGAAGACUUAGAAGACAAAAAAAUUCACGAAAAAAUCCUCCCCUUAUGAUUCUUCUGUGACAGUGUGUGUGUGUGUGUAUGUCUGUCUGUCCCAGCCCUUGUGCCCCCCACACUGCCCCCCGUCCUUCGGUGCUUCCCAGAGGCCCCUCUGAGCUGGCCUGUAAGGUGUGGGGAGCCAUCUGGGUGGGGAACAGAGCCACAUGUUAGCGAGAGGGUCUUCCACCAGGCCCCUGAGCAGAGCCUCAGGGCCAGUACUCUGAGCCCCAUGCUGUGGCCAGCGGCACAGCUAUGGCUGCUCCGGCAUCCAGGCCUGGCUCAGGGCCUGGGUAGACUCCUGACCCGGCACCCUCACUUAUUGCCACCUCCCCCACUGCGUGUAUGUAAAUACUCUGGCAUCCUUUGGCCCUGAGGAGGUUUUUAAAUGUGUUAUUUACUUCUCUAAUCAUGACAAUUGCUAUAAAAUAAACAUGUUUAGAAAAAUGA